AUGUAUCGGCGAUCCGGAGCUCAUCGCGCGUCCGUGCGCGGCCAGCGCAAAAUCAACCAGCAGCAGACACAGGCACAGGGCAAGAAGGCGACGCGCACCGUGAUCGGCGUGUCGUCUGUCCCGCUGUCCAGCCGCUUCACGAACCUGGCGGAGGAGACGACGCCUCGUCAGGCCCAGAAGCAGCACAAGGUGGCCGUUGUGAAGGUGUCGCAGAAGAAGGGCAAGGCCCAGCCCGUACUGCGUGUGGCUGGUGGUAAAAAGAAGGGAAAGACGCCGCCUCCCACUAAGAAGCAGAUCCAGCAACAACAGCAGAAGCAAAAGCUGCAGCAAGUCGCGCAGAACAACCGUAACAAGCGCCAGCAGGUCGUCAGCAAGCACAGGAAGGGGCUCGACUCACAGGAAGCCAAGGCCAAGGGCAGUCAGAACAAGAACAAGAAUGCUAAAAACGGAGGCAGGGGCGCAGGUCGUGGUGGCCGGGGCGGCCGUGGUGGUCGUGGAGGCCGUGGAGGACGCGGAGAAGCCAAGCCCAAGCCGCCCACGGGAGAAGAUCUCGACAUGGAGAUGGACGAGUAUUGGCACGAGGCUGGCAAGGGCCCCGACCCCAAGGCUGCUCAGCUGGACCGUCAAAUGGAGGAGUACUGGGCCGCCAAGCCGACGCAAGACAACGCCGCUCCCAAGACGGAGGCCGAACCAGCCCCCGAUGCCUCCAUGGAGUCUUGA